AAAUCCAAAAUAUAAAAUUUGUCUCACUUCAAUUAUCGUUUUCAACAAUGGUCAAAAUCUCAUUGCCUUUGACAAUCCUUUUCGUAUUUCUCUCUUUGAUCAUGAUCAACCAUCUUCACGCGGCCAGUCCGAAAACAUGGUGUGUAGCAAAAUUGACCGCAGCAAAUGUGCAACUACAAGAAAAUAUUAAUUUGGGAUGUAAGAGAGUUGAUUGUAGACCAAUCCGACAUGGUGGAUACUGUUUUAAUCCUAAUACUCUUUUAAAUCAUGCAUCAUUUGUGAUGAACGCAUAUUAUCAAAGCCGUAAUCGUACCCAAAAAGCUUGUAAUUUUAAAAAUACUGGAACAUUUGCUACUACAGAUCCUAGUUUUGGUUCUUGUAAGUAUCGUUCUUAGAAAUAUUUAAGUGGUCUUAAUAAUUGAUAUCCCUGUAAAAAGGUUGAAUUAAUAAAAUUAUGGUUUGAAA